UAUCACGAAUUGUAGUAGGUGUUUUUCCUGAAUAGUUGUCUGUUCUUUCAUCUUCAUCUUGAAACCCUUCAUAUGAUAAUGUGUCUUCAAACCUUAAUGAAUUACUAUCUCGAACACGAACAAAAUUGUGUAAUAGUACACACGCUUUUAUAAUAUUUUCAGCGAAUGGUUCGGAUACAUUUAAUGGCCUAUGAAAUAUUCUCCAUUUAUUAGACAUAAUACCAAAAGCACACUCAAUAAAUCGACGAGCUCUUGAAAGCCUAUAGUUAAACACUCUUUUCUUUAGUGGUAAAUUUUUUCCGGCAUAUGGACGCAUUACAUUAUGACUUAAACCAAACGCUUCAUCUCCCACAAUUACGUAAGGCAGUUUAUAGUCACUCGCUCCUGGAAGUACUGAAUCUUCGGGAAUGGACAGUUCUUUUUUAAUCAUUUUUUUGUAAAAAUUUGAGUUUUUAAAAAUUGACGAAUCGCUAUUUUUUCCGUAGUCUCCGAUAUCUACGGCGAUAAAACAAUAAUUUGCGUCACAAACAGCUAAGAGAACAAUCGAAAAAAAAUGUUUAUAGUUGUAGUAUAAUGAGCCGCUAUGUGCUGGUUUGACUACCCUGAUGUGUUUUCCAUCAAUCGCGCCAAUACAGUUAGGAAAAUUUGUAAUGCUACAAUAGAGUUCUGCAAUUUCCACCCAUUUUUCUUCCGUUGGCUCUGGCAUAUAUGCAUUUUUUAAAUUAUCCCAAAUUGCAACACAAGUCUCUUGUAUGAUAUUACUCAAUGUAGAUACUCCAAUUCUGUAAUCGUAAUGAAGUUCUGUUAAUGUACAUCCUGACGCGAGAUAUCUGGAAAUAAAGAAUAUUCGACAAAUAACAAAAAAUGUCUUAAGACACUUCUACUAAAUUUAUUAUUAUUUUAUUUAUAUAAUUCAAUAAAAAUAAUUAACUUACAAAUAAAAUAUAAAUUAUGAAAUGUUUUACACUGUAGUGCAAGAGUUACAAAGAAAAUGGAAGAGUUUGAGGAAUUCAUUUUCUAGAGAACAGGCUAAAAGAAAGAAUUUGAAAUCUGGGUCAGGAGGAAGUACAUGGAAAACAUAUGUUUAUUAUAAUCAAUUAUCGUUUCUUUCUUCUUGUGCAGCAAAUAAACUGACAACUUCAAAUUUAAGUUCAUCACAUGAUUCUCCAGAUGAAAAUGAAAAUGACAUUGAAGAAGUUAAUAGCGACUUGAAUGAAACUACUGGAGAAGUUUUAGAAAAUGUUUUACGUCACAAGCCCGUCAAAAAGCAAAAAACUGUUGAAAAUGAAUAUGAAAAUGAAUUUUUCAACUCUGUAACGAAAAGUUUACAAGAAAGGGAACGCAGAGAAAAAGUAUACAUGGAAGAUCCAGAUCGCUUGUUUAUGUUGUCACUUGUUGAUGACCUUAAGCAAGUACCUGCCCAUUUAAAAAUGUCAGUAAAAUCGAAUAUUAUGCAAGCUAUAUCUAAUGGAUUGCAGAUGCAAAAACCUCCAGCUAUGACGGCGAAUUUUGAUCCAUAUUGUCAACUUAAUAAGCAGUACAGUAUCCCCAUGUCACCCUUAAUUCAUCAUACACAAUAUAAUAAUCAAUAUCACCGACCACAAUCCAGCUUUCAACAACCAUUAGUGAUAACAGGGGAACAACAACAUAGCCCUUGUUCAUCUAAUCUUUCUAAUCACUCAUCAACAUCGAGGUCAACUUCUCUAUCAGAAUCGUCACAAAGCUACGUCUCUCCUAUUGAAACAUAUCCUAAUCAGUCAUCAAAUGAACCAAAUUUAGUAACAUAUAUAAAUGAUUACAAUAUUAAUGAUUGAUACUUUCAUAACAUAAAUAGUGUAAAAGUAGUUAAAUAUUAAAAUUGUUUAU